AUGCACGUGAACGGCAAAGUGGCGCUGGUGACCGGCGCGGCGCAGGGCAUCGGCAGAGCGUUUGCAGAGGCGCUGCUGCACAAAGGUGCCAAGGUAGCGCUGGUCGACUGGAAUCGUGAAGCAGGUAUGAAGUGUAAAGCUGCUCUGGAUGACCAGUUUGAACCACAGAAGACUCUAUUCAUCCAGUGCGAUGUGGCGGACCAGGAACAACUGAGAGAUACUUUCAGAAAGGUUGUAGACCACUUUGGAAGACUGGACAUUUUGGUCAAUAAUGCUGGAGUGAAUAAUGAGAAAAACUGGGAAAAAAUGCUGCAGAUUAAUUUGGUUUCUGUCAUCAGUGGGACCUAUCUUGGUUUGGAUUACAUGAGUAAGCGACACGGAGGUGAAGGUGGCGUCGUUAUCAAUAUGUCAUCUUUGGCAGGACUCAUGCCAGCUGCCCAGCAGCCUGUUUAUUCUGCUUCAAAGCAUGGCAUAGUUGGAUUCACGCGCUCAGCAGCGAUGGCUGCUAAUCUUAUGAAAAGUGGUGUGAGAAUAAAUGCCAUUUGCCCAGGCUUUGUUAAUACGCCCAUCCUUGAAACCAUUGAAAAAGAAGAAAACAUGGGACAAUAUAUAGAAUACAAGGAUCACAUCAAGGAUAUGAUGAAAUUCUAUGGGGUUUUGGACCCAGCAAUGAUUGCCAGUGGAUUAAUAAUACUCAUUGAAGAUGAUGCUUUAAAUGGCGCUAUUAUGAAGAUCACAACUUCUAAGGGAAUUCAUUUUCAAGACUAUGAUACACCCCCAUUGCAUGUAAAACCUCAGUGAACAUCUUCUGUAUCAGCCAUCACUGAAAAUAAGCACAAAUGACUUAUACUCAGACCAUAUCUUCAUUUGAAUAUAGUUUUUUAAAAGUGAAAUGUUAUUAUUUGACUCUUGCCUUCAUGCAUUUGAUGUUAAUUUUUUCCUACAUAAUUAGUCAAGUAUACAGAUUAAAAAAAUGGAACUGUCAAAAAUAAGAUGUGGACCAAAGCUAGAUUUUGAUCCUUAAAACAAAGGAUAUUCAAGGAAUAUUCUGCUUUUCGGAAAAUGUAUUUAAAUUUGCGAUUCAUAAAUAUUCAUGUUUCUCAGAACAUCAUUUUAAAGGAGAUACUUGAAGUGUUAUUUAAAUCAAACCAGAUGUAAGAAAAAACCUCUUUUUGUUUCAAUAUUAGCAUUUUAAAAGAGUGAGGUUACUUUCAAUGGCAAAUCUUUAGUACCAAUAACUUUUAUUUAUAUACCAUCUUUCAGCUGAACAUUUCAGCUCUUUAAAAGUGUGGCAUAUUUUGGGGUCAGUAGAUAAGGAAUAAAUUACAGUGUGCAUAUAUCCUAAAUUAAAAAUCUGAUGUAUGGAAAAAUGACAGAAAGUAACUGGCUGAGAUGUUGAUCCACAGUUCAGCUUCCCGUCUGGGAAGAACAUUUCUUUCCUCUUUGCUUACUUUAAGAAUUUUAAUUGAUUCCAAAAAUCUCAGGAAUGAAAUUUUUUAACAGUUACAGCAAAAAGGAUAGUUAUUGCUCCUCAAAUUUAUGUUUAAGAUACGCUCAUUAAGGAAAAAAAUACAAAUGUUAAUUUUUUUCAGAUUCUUUGUACCAACUUCAAAAGUGCCUACCUUUCAAUGAAACUUAUUUUUUCUAACCUCCAGAAAUUAUUUAAUGUUCUAUCUAUAGCUGCAAAGGAAAAGAAACCAAUUUUUUUCACAGCCUGAACAUGUUCAAAGCCAUAAUCACAAGAGGUAAAAAUAACUGUGAAUUUUUUUUUUCUGUUUUCUCUGUCAUGUAUGUUAAGAUACAAUCAUUAAAAGCACCUGCUUUGGGCAACCCUGUUUGCAAGCAAUAAUUAAUGCAAAUAUUAAUUAAAUAGCAAAAGCACAAAAUUUCUGUUCAACCAUUUUUCUUAUCACUUAUAUAAAAUACAAAAUAGAAAUAUUGUAUAAGUGGUUCAGUCUGCUAACUUUAGAGCUCCCAGCUUGAAACAAAAUUCCAUCCAUGUGAGAUUAAUAAAUAUUUCCUAGAGAUGUUGGAGUUUUGCCAGAUGUUGCUCUGUUUUAAUUCUGCCAUAGAGAACAGAUUGCUCUACCUUUAAGAAGGAAUUUUAAUGAGUAACUGUUGUCUACAUUGUUACAUAAUGUAUUUUAAAAAACACACCAAGAAAUGAACAUCAAUGAAUGUCUAAUAGAGAAAAAUUGUAUAACCAGUCACAAACUUGUUUGUGCAUUGGGGCAAUCACCAAUUAAUGAAUGAUAAUGGGUACUGUAUGUGGUGUAUCACUUAUUGUAUAUAUUUUCCCACUGUAAUGUUCAAAACCGUAGGUUAGGUUUUUCAUUUAUGGCUAAUUCUUUUUAUUUGUAGCCUUCAGUAUACUUUAUACUUUUUUUGUUCAAAUCAAUAAACUACGCAGAUGUUUAAAACUGAGUAGAACUAAAAACUGUGAUAUAUUUUUAAAAGUUGUUUUACAUUAAAAUUUAUCUUCUAUAAAUAACUUUAAAUAAAUCCAUAAUGUUAUGUGAUAUCUCUAUGUACUGGUUGAGAAAAAAUAAAUAUUAAGUGGGGGGAGGAGCUUAGUGUCCUUAAUUGUAUUUUUCAGUGAAAAUUCUAAUGUGAAUAAGUAUGUAUUUUUCCUAAUAAAUGAAGAAGGGCUUGCAGAGCAGCAAAACCAAAGAUGUGUGGACACUGAAAAAAGGUUGAGAUUUGACAAAGACAUUGAAAUGUCCAACAAACUCAUUUUUUCCAUAGAAAAAUAAUUUUAGAUACUUGUAGUGCCAUUUAAUAUACAAGUGGUUAUGUAAUGAUUUCUGUCUGUGCUCUAUUUGUUCAUAAAUGGAGGACACU